GCGUGGCCAGUUCAGCGUGCGCUGUGAUUGGACCAGACGCGCAUGCGUGUGAAUUUAAACUUCCAGGCUGCGGCGCUCCGCUUAAUAAUAACUACCAUCUGUUUGCCAUAUAUAAUUCGUGUUAGAGACGUGAGACGCGUCUAAAUACCAGUGUUGAUUUUUAGGAAAGGCUGACUCAAAUAAAGGAUAUGGAUGCGAGCCUGAGAACAUUGACUAAGGUUUUCAGGAGAGAGUGUCAUCGAGUGGUAGACUCGGAGAUGACCACCAUCCAAGGGGCUGAUGGGAUGCUGAUGGUCCUACAGCUUUCUAUGGCUGAGGUCAACAAGCAGGAAUACGGUGACUUCGGAGUAGCUUUGAGUGAAGUUCUGGCUGUCUGGAAAUACUUCCUUCUGGAAAAGCUCCAGCUACCGCACAACACGAUUUCUCCUCCACAAAACUAUGACCUCAUCCGAAAAGAGUAUGAUUGCUUUUUGAAACGCACAAAUACUGUGGACUUGAUUGACGUCUUCGUUAUGUUCAAGGAGCUUCGGAUGAAUGAGGAACCAGAGGAGCCCGUAACAGCUCUGCAGAUGUUUCAGUUUCUCAUUGGGGAGGUGGAGAGCUCGGAGAAGGUGGAGUCUCUUCCUGUGUGUCCCUCAACUCCAUCUAGCAAGGCUGAAAGCUGUAGUCCUCAGAUAAAGAGAGUGGUCAGAGCAGUUUUUUCUUCUUAUUUGGCUCUUUUGAUAAACUCUAAGAAUGAUUUGGCCCUUGCAUACACCCUGGACAAUCCCAGCCGCUCUCUGGGACACAUGGCCUUCACAGAUCUCCGGCAUACUGCCCGCAACAGCAGCUCAUCUCUCUUCCUGACAGUAACUUCAUUUGUCAGGGCAAUACAGUUGGGAGGAAAGGGGUACGCCCCACCUGAGUCUCACCCUUUGCGGAGGCACGUGAAGGGCUUAUCAGAAUUUCUCAAUUUUGUUGACCAUUGUCAGGAAAUCUUAGGAGAGACCCCUAAUCCAAGAGAAGCCGGGUCCAAGCUGGUGUCUAGUAUCAGAGCUGCUCUGGUCAAAGGCCGCAGUGGUGGAGACCCAGUGUACCUUGCAGCAGAUGACAUGGCCAUUGAUCUCAAAGAAAGAAUCGGGCAAAUAUGCACAGCACAGACGCAGUCAGCGAUUGGCUUGGGAAUCAGUCCAGCAAGGCCAAGAGCAUACGCUAUAAACCACUCCACCGCUUAUGGGGGUAGAGAGACUGUCAAAGUUUUGAUGGCUCUUUUGGAUGAAGAAGCACUAGCCCCGCCCUGCAGGAACAAAGCAGAAUUGCUCUCUGAAGAUCAUGCAGUUCUUAAUGGAAGCGCUGGUUCCUGUCUUCUUACCCUUUUCAAAUCUCCCGAAGCUCCCACGGGAUCUUCUCCAGAGCCGUUGCGGAACCGCAUUUGCAGCCAACAAGAAAAUGUCAAGUCCAAGGUAGCACAGCCAACCAUCCGUUCUCAGUUUGCUUGUACAUACAAGGAUGGUGAUCUGCCCCUCAACAGGGUGUUGGAGUUUCCCAGUACAAGCCAGGUUCCCACCUGCGUUCACCCUGCACCCAAACAAAGCAUAUUUGCAUCUGUGGAGGGAACUGAGAUGGAUAACAGGCCAGCAGCGGACCCAGAGGCCACUAACUCUCAGCCUGAAGGUCCCGGUAAAUCUGCUCUGGAGAAACGUAGUGGAAAUGCCUGGAACGGAACAGGUGGGAAGUGGACCCGGCCAGCACCGCUCCGAAAAGCAACCGAGACCUCCAAGAGAAAACUUGCCAGCAGGGAGUGCAUUGAACUGGGAAUGGAAGAGAACCAGCCCCCUCAAAAAAGACCCCCUGCCAAAGCCCCCGCUAGAGGAGCGGAGAAAAAGAACAGUAAAGCUGCCAGCAAGAAACUCAUUGCUGGUCAAGGAAAACUCACAAGCUUUUUCAGGCUGUAAUUCAUUCUUCCAUCUCCUAUCUGUAGCAAUGCUGCAUGUUAGCUGCACUGUCACUUGUUAUUUAUUGGUAGUCUAAACGCAUGUAACGUUCAACAAGCCAAAAUCACGUCAAUGGGGGCUACUUGAAUUUGUAAGGACUCUUUUUUUUCCAUGCAGGCUGAAAGUGUGUGUGUAUAUAUUUGUGUGUACAUGAGAAAGUAUUGAGUAGAUCUGGCACAGAAGGAACUAGUUUUAAAGAACAUUGUGUGUCCUAAGUACUUUUUUUCAUUCUUUUUAACACUGCUCAUUCGGUGCAGACUUGAAUACAUUUUUAUUGUUUUUUAAUUGUACAGAUAUGUAUUGUCAUAUGUUUGGAAUAACAUGCAGAAUGAAAUAAAGGGUACAGAACAAA